GGUGCAUCACAAACUUUUGACUAAGCCAAAUUAAAGAGAAACAAAAAAAAAAGAAAAAAAUGGAACCAAUGAUGAAACAAGGAAAACAUUUUGUUUUGGUACAUGGUGCAUGCCAUGGAGGUUGGAGUUGGCACAAAUUAAAACCAUUGCUGGAGGGUGCAGGCCAUAAGGUCACUGCCCUUGACUUAGCAGCCUCUGGGAUUGAUUUGAGAAAAAUACAACAACUUCACACACUUCAUGAUUACACUUUGCCAUUGAUGGAGUUGAUGGAAUCUCUUCCACAAGAGGAGAAAGUCAUACUAGUUGGACAUAGUCUUGGUGGUAUGAAUUUGGGACUUGCUAUGGAAAAAUACCCUAAAAAGAUUUAUGUUGCUGUUUUCCUUGCUGCCUUCAUGCCUGAUUCUAUUCACAUGUCGUCCUAUGUCUUGAAUCAGUACUAUGAACGGACGCCAGCAGAAAAUUGGUUAGACACUCAAUUUUUACCAUAUGGUACACUUGAAGAGCCACUCACAUCCAUGUUUUUUGGCCCCAAAUUUUUGGCUCAGAAGCUCUACCAGUUAUGCUCUCCUGAGGAUGUUGCGUUAGCAUCAUCAUUGGUGAGACCAAGCUCUUUGUUUCUGGAAGAUUUAUCAAAGGAAAAGUAUUUGAGUGAUGAAGGAUAUGGAUCAGUGAAGAGAGUUUAUAUAGUAUGCACUGAGGACAAAGGCAUACCACAAGAAUUUCAACAAUGGCAAAUUGACAACAUUGGUGUUACAGAAGCAAUGGAGAUUGAAGGUGCUGAUCAUAUGGCAAUGCUAUGUAUGCCUAAACAACUUUGUGACACUCUCUUGGAGAUUGCCCAUAAAUACAAUUAAUCUUAACUCGUUACUCAUUUUGGUGUUUACAUAAUUGAUUUCAAUAAUUACUUGUUCUUGCUUUCAACUGAUAAAAUAUGUUGUGUUUCUAUGUACGUAUUGAUGAGUGUGGUGAGAUAACUAAAGAAUAAUGACAUUUUUUUGGUCUACUAUACCAAAAGUAUUUCGUGUUUAA